AAAUUUUUAUUAAUCGUACACGCAGUCUAACUUUGUUUUGGUGGGCAAAUUUUGUGAAAAUGAAAAAGACAGAAAAAGAAACGAUCAGUUCAGUAUGUCGACGAGAGGGAUAAAAUUCAACUUUCUUCCAGGAGAGAGCGUACUUUGCUUUGAACCAGAUCCCACAAAAGCUCGUGUUAUAUAUGAAGCCAAGAUCCUUGAUACAACAGUGUAUAAAGACUUAGAUGGAAAAAAGAAACCUGGCUAUCAUAUACAUUUUCUACGUUGGAAUAAUAGUUGGGAUCGUAUUGUUGGAGAACAGUUGGUGUUGAAAAGUUCGGAAGAAAACAAAACACUCAUGAAACAACUUUCUGAAGUAGCCCGGAAAUUCAGCAAGAACAAGAAGCGAAGGAAGCGUAUCCAUGAGAUCCUUACAGAGGCAUUUAAUGGAAGUCCACCAUUUGAAGAUGUUGAAAAUGAAGAAGAAAACACUACAGAUACUAAUGAUACUGAAGAUGAGAGCACAGCGGAAACGGACAGUAUAGGUAGUGAAAGUAAAGGUGAAGAUCUGAGAAAAUCCCAGAGGCUUCAUCCACAAGUAGAUAUAGAAAUACCAGACAGUUUGAAAGCAGUAUUAGAUAAAGACUAUUUUGCAAUUAACCAGGACAAAAAGGUUGUGAAGUUACCAGCAGAUAUUAAUGUGGUCACAGUAUUGGAGAGCUUUGUGAAGACUUUCAUGAUGGAUUUCUGGAGUACAAAUUAUGAUCGUUCCUAUCUUUGUCAUAAUCCACCAAAAAUAGCUAUUGAUAGAAUAUUACCAAUGUGUAAAGAAUUUGUGGAUGGGUUAAGGAUCUGUUUUGAUUUUGUCCUACCUGUAACAUUGUUGUACGAGGGAGAAAAAGACCAACAUCUCAAGAUCAUGAACACCUUCAAGAGUAAAUCACCUGCCAAACAAAAAAUUCCCGGUGAAGAUUCGCCACUUUUAAGGUCACCAAGAUCGCGGACAUCUGAUCAGCAUAAUGUUGACGAACCAUGGCCAAAGUUACCUAAAUUGUCUCCCAAUGUUGUUGAUGAGGAUGAUGAAAUAACAUUUGACAUUCAAACAACGCCGAGAAGAGUUACUAGAAGUAGAGUACCAGACUUACCGAAGAAAUCGGAAAAUGAACGCAUUAAUGUUAAAACAGAACAGAAAGAACAUCAAAAUGGAGGAAAAUCUUGUAGCAAAAAUGAUGCAAAGCUGAUUAGGAAAAGGCGUUCAUCAGAUCGCCAGGAUGAGGGUUUGCGUCGCAGGGCGUUACGUAGUUACAGAAAGUCUAGUGAAGAUUCGAGUGAUAGCGAACAGUCGAAACCAGAAACAAUUAUGUCAGAGCCUGCGAAACCUGUUGUUAAAAUUGAAAAGAAUGAGAGACCACCACCUUUGUUGAUCCCUUGUAACAUUUCUGGUGCACGACAAAAUGGUGCCGACAAGAAUCCAGAGAAAGGUGCCCCAGAUUCCACUGAUAGUCUUGGUGAUAAUGGUAGGGAAGAAAUCUUGGCAAACAUCUUACAUUGGCAGUUAGCACCACCUGAAGCCCUCAGUAAACUACCAACACCACCAUGUAUGAUCUAUGGUUCACAACAUCUUCUACGAUUGUUUGUAAAGUUGCCCCAGUUAUUAAGUGAGAUGGAUCUGGAUGAGGACAGACUAGGUGUAGUAAAGAAACUUGUCCAACAAUUCCUGCA